AUGUAUCCUACGGACCCUCAUCACAUAGUACGAGAAAGGAUGUCUUUUUUUGAGCACCUAUGCAAAGAAGAGGUCAAAUCAUCCACCUUGAGACGAGUCAGACCCACAUCUACAACGUCAUUACCACAAGCUUCACAUCCUCCACAAAAACCAAAACGAACAUUCAUGCACACUUUCAAGGACGUACAGGUUGAGUACGUAUCAAAUAUACCAAAUCAUGAUGUGCUCUACAGUUUCUCCUACUAUUGUUUGGCGAAUAACAAUGCCAAGAAACAAUUUGAUGGAUUCAAAUUGACGUGCUAA